ACUCCAACUCCCAGGAUGCACGUGGGCAGGCGCAGAUCCAACCUGCUGGGUCGUUGCCCGCGAGCUGUUCAUCACCGCUACCUCCCGUGGCUGUUUCGCCGAUCCGUUAGAGGAGAAAUGGCUGCGGCUCUGUCCCGUGCCCUCAAACUGCCCGGGAAGAAGGGCUCGGACCUUGGCGAGUACGACCCUCUCACCCAAGCAGACAGCGAGGACGAGAGCGAAGAAGAUGACCUCGUGCUCAACUAUCCCCGUAAUGGCCUCGGCAGGGACAGCUGCCUCGGCACAGGCUCCUCGAAGCUCCGGGGCGGCAGAUCCGGAAGACUUGUGGGGGCCGAGGACGAGGCUCAGGAGGAUGAGGAGGAAGAGGAGGAUGAGUGGAGGGAGCGGCUCCCUAGCAAAGCCAGGCAGGACAGGGACGAGAUGAAAGGCACGCAGUACUGGAGCCACAAGGACUCAGGCAGGGACAGGGCCGGGGAGGACAGAGGGGGCUCGGGGGCGCUGGGGGGUUCCGGGCUGGGGGUUCACAGUACCGAGGCGGAACAGAAGAGGAUGAGGAUGAAGCAUGCUGUCCGAAGUGCGUUUUUCCUGGUGCCUCUGGUCUGUGCCACCCUGCUCGUGCUGCUGUGUGCGUUUCUGAUACCGUGUAAGAAGGGAGAGCUGGAGAAGAGGCUGCAGUGGGAGAAAGUACUGGGAGAUGCACAGAAAGGUGUCACUCCACCUGCACUGGCAUUGUGGGACGUUGACGGUGAUUCACUGGAGGACGUGUUUCUGGCUGUGACUGAAUUGACCAAUGACACACAUCCCACACAAGGGAACAAAGUCUACAGUGCGGUGGCCCUGUCUGCAGUCAGUGGUCAGGUGCUGUGGACUUACUUCAUGCGGGAGUCCGUGAUGUACAUCCAGUGUGGUUUGCAGUACGGCAACCAGCGUACACCAGUGGUCCUCCUCAUCAGCAAGUCCCUGAUCAUAGCAGUCAAUGGCACCUCAGGGCAGGACCUGUGGUCGGUCCCACUUAAGGACAUUGAAUCCCAGGCGGUGUUACUUCCAGACCUGCAGGGAGACUCAGUCUCAGACCUGCUGAUAGCCACCCUGCCUACCAAUAUGCUUCUGGAUCUCUCCUUUACAUUGAUCUCUGGGACGGGGGGGAAGCUCGGACAACCUGUCUCGUUCAACCUCACCGCAGGAGGAAAGAUCAUGGGUCCGCUGCUGCAUGAGACACAACAAGGGGCAUAUUACAUCCUCUUUGGAAUAGGUAAUGUAGAAGCCAUCUCUCUGCGCGAUAUCUACUUUAAUGCCACCGGCAGAAUGCCCAGAACUCCAGCAUUACAAAGGAAGGAUUCAGGGUGGGAGGGACUGAAAAAAAACAACUCUUCCUCCUUCAUACACAUUUACAGAGGAACUGAGCCGGUGGAUUUCCUGCUCCCUCUCGUGGCUGGCUUUAGCAACAACCGCAAGAGCCUGGACACCGCUUCUAACCUCAACUCCACGAGAAGCGACUGGGCGCUGGUGUACGGCUCCAGCAAGCUGUCAGUGCUCAGGCAGAAGGACUUGCGUAAAGGAUGGACCUUCAACUCAGCUCCCAUUCACAGCCAACCUGCCCCGGGACACUUCAAUGAUGACGGAGUCCUCGAUCUUUUCAUUCAGCAUUCAGCAAACGGCAUCAUGCAGGCGCAGGUUGUUGACGGGGCCAACGGGCAUAUUUUCUGGACGGCGGAGUUCGUGUGUCCUCGUCUCUCUUUGGAACCUUCGGCGAUCUCCACCUCGACUGGCCAGUCGGCUUUCCUCUUCUGGGGCAGCGGACCGAUUAAAGCACAGAAGAAUGCCACCAAGGCAACUGUGACACCAGGUAUUGCUGCAGCGGAGCCGCUCAUUAGAAGACUUUUCCUGUUGCACCCUACAUAUCCCACAAUCCUUCUGGAGCUCACCAGUACCACAGACACCGCGGUGACGUCCGCAGUGAGUUACAUGGAGCGCCAGAAAGACGCCACCUACAUCACCGUAUCCUCCCGACCCACGCCUGAGUCUAAGCCUGGCGCUCGCGUGGUCAAGAGCAUGAGCCUCAGGGCUGCGAUCGCCAAAGGCCAAAUCGUCAGGCUGGAGGAGAGCAAUAAGACGGGGGAGCCCGUCAAACCUGGUGCGUUUGAGGUCAACAAGUUCUUCAGACGUCUCUCAUUUAAACACCAGUGACGGCGCCCUGUGUCACAGGAAGCCGUACAACUCUCGUAUGGGUGAAAGGGACAAAAGUCUGUGGACAGCUGUGCACUAAGGAGACACCACGGAGACGCUUCUUGUUUGGUUCACUGAGUAUGAAUUUCAUUUCUGGUACUUGAAAAGGAGAUUUUUUUUUUCCGUACAAAAAAAACAUUAUUUGUAGUUAGGGAUUGUGUCUGUAUUUUUAUUUAUUUUGUUUGGUUUAUAUUGUGUUUAUACAAUGAAAACGUUCAUUUAAAUUAUUCAACUCGCCUCCGGGGGAGUCUUCCAUCGAGCGUUUGUGAUUGUUGGGACUUUAUGGCAGGAGAGGAACUUUUCACCGUGGUGAAGCACAACAAUGCCGAUGAAAGAGCAUGUAAAUACGUUUACAGUACGCAGCACUCACUGUAACUCUUGUAAGGCCAGUACCUUCAUCCCUCAGUCAAAAGACAUGCUUUUUCUUUUUCGUCAUGAAGCCACUAUUAUUGUUCUUUCUGCUCACACCCAAGUUCAGCAGUGUAAAGAGUCUGUAAAUAUUUAAUGCUGUACAGUAUUUAUUGAUUUGUUUUAACGUUUUCGAUUUUGUUGGGUUGUUGUUAGAUUUUCUUUAUGGUUAUCUAAUGAAACUGUUUUAGAGUUUUUUUUUGUUUUUUUUUCUCCGAGUAUGUGGCCGCUAAAGAUUAAAUGUAAGCUGCAACUUCACAUAUGGCAAGAGGAAAAAAAAAUGAAAUUCUUCCUACUGCA